AUGGAAUUUGAUUAUAUGGGGCUCGAACUUGUAAAAACCAUACUUUAUAGUCUAGUAGAAAUUAAUAUUUUGGGGUCCACGCUGAUUGAUUUAUUGUUGAGGGGUGGGUCAUAUGAUUUUGACUUUGGUCGUAGUGGAUCCCCAACUAUUAUCCUCGAAGCUGUAGUUGAUUAUGAUCUUUGGAUAUGGCAUGCAUAUUUUGGACUUCCUGGUUCGAACAAUGAUAUCAACGUUUUGGAGAGAUCUCAUCUUUUCGCAAACCUCGCUCAAGGUAUUGCUCCUCCAGCUCAAUGUGUCAUUCAAGGAAGACAAUAUAACGUGGGUUACUAUCUAGCUGAUAGUAUAUACCCGAAAUGGUCUACCAUUGUGCAAACAAUUCAUGAGCUGCGUGGUCCUAAAAAAAAGUUAUUUGCUAUGAAACAAGAAACGUGUAGAAAAGAUGUUGAACGUGCAUUUGGUGUUCUACAAUCGAAGUUUGCAAUAACAAAAGGACCCGCAAGGUUUUGGGAAAAACAAGUAUUACAUGAUAUUAUGACUACAUGCAUAAUAAUGCAUAACAAUAUUAUCGAAGACGAACGUAAUGUUGAUGCACCAGUUCAAGAAUGGACGGAAGCGUCAAGUUCAGAAGUUGAGUUGGUUGAAGACGAAAAUUGA